CUGUUAUGAUGCCAAAUAACCCAGACUAUCUCUGUUCACUUUUCACUGAGUAACUUUAUGACCGUCACACAUCAUCAUCAUCAUCAUGUUUGUGUUGUUGGUGGUUAAACAUUCUUCAGUUGUUGAAAACCUGCCUAUUUGUGAAACCAGAACCAGUCCGGAUCAGAACCUUCCGGUUCCGGAGAGGAUUCAGCAUCUGGAGCUGAGGAAGAGGAUGCUGCAUCUGGAGCGUCGCUGAGGAAGAGGAUGCUGCAUCUGGAGCGUCGCUGAGGAAGAGGAUGCUGCAGCCGAGGAGUUUCUGCUCCGAGCUGAACAAAGAGAGGAGGCGACACGACUCACGGGGCGCGCGCUCACAGGAUGCGUGCGCAUUCACGGGGCGCGUUCACGGGAUGCGCGCGCUGCAGUGAAUGCAGGAGCAGCGAGGAGGAGGAGGAGGAAGGCUGAAUGCGCCUCCUGACUGCGCGCUGUCCUCGACACAUAAAGACAGGAGAAGAUCCGGAGACUGAGAGUGAAGGCAUGGCCCAGCGUCACAAAGGAUCCGGACCGGAGCGGAGACCUUGACAGAAAGAGGCUGCAGACUCCAGAGGAAGAGGAGAGGAGGAAGAGCUUGACAUGGCUCUGGAGGACGCAGUGUGACGCAUCGCAGGGAGUGAAGAGUCCUCAGCAUCAGGACCAGCAGCAGAAAGCGGACGCAGCUACAGCCAGAUGGAGGCUAAUGUGGCUGAGAAACGCCAUCGUACCCGGUCCAAAGGAGUUCGAGCCGCGGUGGAAGCAGUGACUCAGGAGUUGUUCAGCUGUCCGACCCCUGGAUGUGACGGCAGUGGCCAUGUCAGUGGGAAGUAUGCCAGACACCGCAGUGUCUACGGCUGUCCGCUGGCCAAGAAGAGGAGGGCUCUGGACAAACAGACCCAGGAACCGGCGGCGAAGAGGAGGCCCUUCAUCGCUCCCUGCCUGGGAGAGGAAGAGGAGGAGGAAGAGCAGGGGGGCGGAGCCUUCAGCAGCUAUGAAACCAUGGAGGUAGGACAGGAGAGGAAGGGGCAGGGAGAGGAAGACGAGGAAGAAGAGUUCUCCGAGGACAACGAGGAGCAUGGAGAGGAGGAAGAGGAGAGGAUGGCAUUGGAGAGUACGGACACGAGAGGAAGAGGAGAACAAGUGGAGGAAGAGGAGGAGGGGAUGGACGAAGACGAAGAUGAUGGUGAUGAUGAGGAAGAGCCGGAGGACGAGGCAGAGGAAGAAGAGGAGGAGGAAGGGGAGCGGACUCUGCUUCAGGAGAACCAGUACAAACCCAGCGGACAGUCUAAGCUCCUCCCCAUCCAGAAGGACAACAACAACAACAGCUGCGCCGUCGGAAACGCCCCCAGAGAGGAGUACGAGAACUACGACGAGCUGGUGGCCAAGUCGCUGCUCAACCUCGGUAAGAUCGCGGAAGACGCCGCCUACCAGGCCAUGACUGAGUCCGAGAUCAACAGCAACUCGUCCAACAGCGCCGGGGAGGAAGACGACGAUGAUGAUGAAGAUGACGGCAGCGAGCCAGACGCCAGGCAGGGCGACCUGAGCGUGGACCUGGACAGCGAUGUGGUCAGAGAGACUGUGGACUCCUUGAAGCUCCUGGCUCAGGGUCACGGCGCCAUGCUGCCUGAAGACGGAUACCCAGAGAGCGCUGUGGCGAAUGAUGGGCGGGGGCCGGGGGUCAGGGGUCAAACGGAGGGAGCUGGAGAGGAGAUAUGUCUCAGCAGUCUGGAGUGUCUGAGGAACCAGUGCUUUGAUCUGGCCCGAAAACUGAGCGAGACGCCUCCGUCGGACCGACCCCUCCUGCACAGUAACUACGUUCAACAAGCAGUGGACCAGCAGGUGCUGCAACACCUGAACAGGUACGACAGCUAUCCAACCGGAGUUCAGGAAGACGCCCGGCCGCUGGAGCGCAGCUACUCGGAAAUGUUGAACCUGAUGAAGCUGGAGGAGCAACUGAGUCCAGCAUCCAGAGGCUACAGCUGCAGCCAGGAGGGCGACGAGGACACCACCUCCGUAGCCUCAGACCGCUCCGACGACACGUUCGACAUGGCCAAGGGAAACCUGUCGCUGCUGGAGAAGGCCAUCGCCCUGGAGUCUGAGAGGGCAAAGGUGAUGCGGGACCGGGGGGUGCCUGAGCACGCCAUGCCCCGCCGGGACCAGCACAGCCCCAGGCUGAGCAUCGCGGCUGAGGAACGCAAGUCCAGGAUGCACCCGGACGGGCUGAAGAGGGCGUACUACCCUAAAGAUUCUUCCAGAGGAGAGAAGAAGGAGAGCAAGUGUCCGACGCCGGGCUGCGACGGCACGGGUCAUGUGACGGGUCUGUACCCGCACCACCGCAGCCUGUCCGGGUGUCCUCACAAAGACCGGGUCCCGCCUGAAAUCCUUGCCAUGUAUGAAAAUGUGUUAAAGUGUCCGACUCCUGGCUGCUCUGGACGGGGGCAUGUCAAUAGCAACAGGAACUCCCACCGCAGUCUGUCCGGCUGUCCCAUCGCUGCCGCAGAGAAGAUGGCCAAGGUCCACGAGAAAACCUUCGCUGCCGACGCCGGCGCCAAGACCAAUCAGACGUCAGACAGAGUCCUCAGGCCGAUGUGUUUCGUCAAGCAGCUGGAGAUUCCUCAGUACGGCUUCAAGAACAACGUUCCCACCAGCACGCCGCGCUCCAACCUCACCAAGGAGCUGGAGAAAUACUCCAAGACCAGCUACGACUACGGCGGCUACGACGGCCAGCAGGCCGGCUACGGCAAGAGAGGCCCCGCCUCCAAGGCCCUGCAGGGGCGGGACGUCUCUCCGAAGGGAUACGACGCGAAGCGGUACUGCAAGACGUCGAGCCCGGCCAGCAGCACCACCAGCUACGCCCCCAGCAGCAGCAGCAGCCUGAGCGGCGGCGGCGGCGGGGGGGGAAGCAGCGCCAGCAGCACCUGCAGCAAGAGCAGCUUUGACUACACCCACGACAUGGAGGCCGCCCACAUGGCCGCCACCGCCAUCCUCAACCUGUCCACCCGUUGCCGGGAGCUGCCCAACGCCCUGGGCGCGAAGCCCCUGGAGCUGCUGGCCCAGAGCCCAGGGGCGGAGGACGACGGCCCAGCGGAGCCGUCCGGUGCGCCCGGCGGGCCGGAGGGCGGCGGCGCGGUGCUGACCCCGCUGCAGCCCAUGUCGCCGCAGCGCCAGGCUCUGCUCAGCAGUCGCUGCUUCCAGCUGGACGCCGACUGCUGGGAGCUGCCGGUGGAUUUCACCAAGCGGCCCGGAGACGAGCCGGAGCUCAGAGAGCAGAGGGACGAUCUGGACCCGUUCCAGGAGCUGCUGGACGAGCCACGGUACCCGGCCGAGGUGUCGCCGCCCAGCCCCAAGCACCACAAGUUCCCGCCCUGCAAGGAGGGCAAGAAGGAGCUGAUGAGUCUGUCCAGCUGCCAGAUCGCUGAUAAGAACCUUCGUGGUUUGAUGUCGUCCAACUCACAAGAACUGAAGUGUCCCACGCCGGGCUGUGACGGAUCGGGACACAUCACGGGGAAUUACGCCUCCCACAGGAGUCUCUCCGGCUGUCCUCGAGCCAAGAAGAGCGGCGUGAAAAUCCUCCACAGCAAAGAGGAGAAGGACGAGCAGGAGCCCAUCAAGUGUCCGGUCCCCGGCUGCGACGGACAGGGUCAUGUGACGGGGAAGUACGCCUCCCACCGCAGCGCGUCAGGCUGCCCCCUGGCGGCCAAGAGGCAGAAAGACAGCUACAUGAACGGCUCGCAGUUCGUCUGGAAGGCUGGGAAGACGGACGGGAUGACGUGUCCGACGCCAGGCUGCGACGGCUCCGGACACGUCAGCGGCAGCUUCCUGACCCACCGCAGUCUCUCCGGUUGUCCCCGCACCUCCUCGGCCAUGAAGAAGGCCCGGAUGAGCAGCGCGGACAUGCUGACAAUCAAACAAAGAGCGAGCAAAGGAAUAGAAAACGAUGAAGAAAUCAAACAGCUGGAUGAAGAAAUCAAAGAUCUGAAUGAGUCCAACAAUCAAGUGGAGUCGGAUAUGAUCAAACUGAGGACUCAGAUCACCACCAUGGAGACCAGCCUGAAGUCCAUGGAGGACGAGAACAAGACCAUGGAGCAGCAGAACGACUCGCUGCUGCACGAGCUGGCCAGCCUGAGCCAGUCGCUCAUCCACAGCCUGGCCAACAUCCAGCUGCCNNUGAUCCGGGCUUUUCCUGACGGCGUUCCUGCUCUUCCCGUUGUGUCCGCCUGCGCUGACUGCCGGGUUUGUUCUGCUCCACAGGAACCGAUGAACGAACAGAACUUUGACUCGUACGUCAGCACUCUGACUGACAUGUACACCCACCAGGACCGGUACCAGAGCCCGGAGAACAAGGCGCUGCUGGAGAACAUCCGCCAGGCCGUCCAGGGGAUCCAGGUCUAACCGGAGCGGGAAGCCGGUUCCGGAGGAUCCGGGCCCGGUUCCGCUCCUGUUUCUGUCCUCAUCAGUGUCUGGUUCUGUUCUCUUGGUUGGUGUUGCUUUGCUUUGGACUCAGACGGUCCGACCCGCUCAUGGCUGCUCAUCCUUCUUUAACAUUGUUUACACCAAGACAAACUGGGCUGUACUGGUCAGACUGGGAGGCUGAACAUCUGGAAUCAGACUCUGACGUUCCGUAAAUUUUCUGAACUUCUGCUGCAGACCCAUCAUCCCAUCGGGCCGCCUCCUUUCAGGCUUUUAUUUUGAAAUGCAAACGGCUGCAGGAAAUGUAGGAGACAAUCUGCCACCUGACUGGACAGUGGAGACCAGUGGAGACUUCCCAGUGGAGACCAGUGGGAGGAACUGAGUGGGAAUAUGCAAUUUCUUAUGAAUCAAGGAGCAACGAGCUGAAAGCUGUUUUUACUGACGAUCGAUGUUUGUAUGAAUCUUUUCCUACAUGGUGUUUUAGAGCCGCCUCUGUUCCAUGUGUAGGUGUUUUAUUCUGAGCUUCUCUGGAUCUACAGGGUCAAAAGUCCUCCAGAACCGGUCCGAUGGAGGCUUUGGGUCAGAACCGAUGGGACAUUUCCUCAUCACACCUCAUCAUGCAUGCACUUUAUGGAAGCACGUUCCAGUAUCGCCGCGCCAUUGGUCCAGUUCAUCCCUGGAAGGAAAACUCCGCCUCUCGCCUCCUUAUAUGGUCGGCAGCAGGUGAACCCUGACCUCCAGGCUCCCUGGCUGAGGUUCUGCUGCUCAGCCCGGCCCGGUCCAGGAGGAACCGAUGGGAGCCGUUUGAAACGUCACAAACUGACAGCAACAACUUCAGGUCAUCCAGUUUUUACAGGAUGGGCUUCAGUUUCAAAGUUUCACCACAUUCAGAAAUGUCCAGUAAAAACUUGCUAAAUAUUUAGCUGGGAAUUUGCUAACUAAAUGUUUAGCUUCAAGCUGUUUAUUUAGCUCACGAACUAAAUACCUCAUUAACUGUUGAGUUUGAAGCUAAACAUUUAGCUGUUAGCUAAAUGUUUGGUUUGAAACUGUGAUGUUAAUAAAUAGAUUAUUAACUCGGUGAAAAUAUAAAUUUAAAAGAUAAAAACAUCUUUUUCUGCUACGACAGACUAAAUAAUCCAAAUUAUUGCUGUUCAUUUUUCCGAACGGCCGCCUUUGAUCACGGCUUUCCUGGAUCUCGGCUCGGUUCUUUAUAAUCCGCUCGGUUUUAUGAGAAGAACAAUAAUCCAUGCUUGGGAUUUCCAGGAUGAAACGUUUCCAGCUGAAGGGACCUUGGCUGGGAUUAUUGUUCCCGUCUCUGCCUAAAAACAGGAAGUGGUGUCAUUCCCAGGAAGGGUCGGAGUUUUCCUGAAGGAAACGGAUCUGCGGCUUCCUGCUUUGGUUUUCCUGCAGAACGGAGGAGUUAAAGCACAAUUUAAAGAUGUGAACACGCCUGAAUGAAGAACCUCACCUGAAAUUAUCUUUUUAUAUCUUUGAUUUCUUUCUUCAUGUCGGACUUCCAGAAGCUUUUUCCUACCUGACAGCAUGACUUCCUGCUGACACCUUCAAGGUCACCAGGUUCUGUUUCUGUUGAAUUGUGGAGUUUGUACAGUUUCUAUCAUGUUGGUGUUGCCAUCUGUUGCUCUGAAUAAAUCCUGUGUUGCAACACCUGCAAA